UGCAGAGCCAGCCACCGGAUUGCAGCCCACCCUUCAGUGCACCGAGAGGGGGAGAGGCGCACGCAGGAGCUUGCAGAGUGUUCAGAUUUUGAUUUCUUUUUGAAAGAGAAAAGAAGGGAGGGAAAGAUCCCAGAAAAGGAGCUCAGAUCCCACAGCCCCGGGGGGCGAAUAAUGGAUGCGACCACAUUUCAGAGCAUCAUUGACAAAUUUGAUACCAACUGCAGCCUCCUAGAUGCUUGGCAGGAUACUUCAUUCGAGAGUUCCUCUGUUCCCUUCCUUGGCUUUGAUGGUCCAUAUUGCAAUGCCACCAUUGAUCAGAUAGGGACCUGCUGGCCCCGGGCCACUGCUGGGGAACUGGUGGAGAGACCCUGCCCGGAGUUUCUCAAUGGGAUCAAGUACAACACCACCCGAAACGCCUACAGAAUAUGCCUGGGAAACGGGACAUGGGCUUCCAAGAGCAACUACUCUCUGUGCGAACCUAUUCUGGACGACAAGAGGAAGUAUGCACUCCAUUACAAGAUUGCUCUCAUCAUAAACUACCUGGGGCACUGUAUAUCUAUAGGAGCGCUUAUUGUUGCCUUUAUGCUUUUCUUGUGCUUGAGCAGGUUCCGUAAAGAUCCUAGCUGUGACGUCUCCAGCAGAAUGAGCAUCAGAUGCCUGAGAAACAUUAUCCACUGGAAUCUGAUCACCACGUUCAUUCUAAGGAAUGUGAUGUGGUUCCUGCUUCAGAUGAUUGAUCAUAACAUACAUGAAAGCAAUGAGCCCUGGUGUCGGUGUAUUACAACGAUCUACAAUUAUUUUAUGGUGACCAACUUCUUCUGGAUGUUCGUGGAAGGCUGCUAUUUACACACUGCGAUUGUGAUGACUUACUCCACAGAUAAGCUGAGGAAAUGGGUCUUCCUCUUCAUAGGAUGGUGUAUUCCUUGUCCAAUCAUUGUUGCCUGGGCCAUUGGCAAGCUCUAUUAUGAAAAUGAACAAUGCUGGUUUGGAAAGGAACCAGGGAAGUACAUAGACUACAUAUAUCAAGGCCCAGUGAUUCUCGUUCUUCUGAUAAAUUUUGUAUUUCUGUUUAACAUCGUUAGGAUUUUAAUGACAAAACUGAGAGCUUCAACCACUUCAGAAACAAUACAAUACAGGAAGGCAGUAAAGGCUACGUUAGUCCUUCUGCCUCUUCUGGGUAUUACCUACAUGCUUUUCUUUGUCAACCCCGGCGAAGACGACAUUUCCCAGAUAGUCUUCAUCUACUUCAAUUCCUUCUUGCAAUCUUUUCAGGGUUUCUUUGUGUCAGUAUUUUACUGCUUCUUGAAUGGCGAGGUCCGCUCGGCUGCGAGGAAACGCUGGCAUCGCUGGCAGGACCACCACGCCCUGCGCGUGCGCGUAGCCCGGGCUAUGUCGAUCCCCACCUCCCCGACGAGAAUCAGCUUCCACAGCAUCAAACAGACGGCGGCAGUUUGACCACGCAGACAUCCGGCCACCUUGAGAGUUUUUCCCUCUUCCCCCUUUUUGUCUGUCUUUCCUCCUUUUCUCGGCACUGUGCUCUUUCAGCGAGACACCCCCUUGUGUCUUGGUGGAAAUUUGUCCAUUUAUAUAUGAUGCUGCUUGAAGGCAACCAGCCAAAAAUAUAACAAAGAAAGGAGUGCGGGGGGUUGGUGGGGGGAGCAGGUUUAAGGAAGAAUGGGAUUUAAAACUGGUAGCCCCAUUCGGAGAUUUUCAGCCUCCAACGACAAAGUGGAAAACAACCUAGCGGAAGGAACGAUCGAUUUUGUUUUUCUUUAAGGAUUGUGGUUAAAGAGGCUGUUUUGACCAACUGCCCAUCUCAUUCCACACUUCAGCUCCCAAUGAUUUCAACAGGUUUGUUCUGUAAAUUGUCUGUCUGUCGCCUUCUCUGAGCUUGGUAAAAGUCUCACCUAGCGAGCAAGGGAGCAGGCAAAAGGGGAUCUGGCAGGUGUUUGAGGGGAUCGGGAUGUGUGUAUCUUCCCCAUUGCUCCCUCUGCUGGGUUAGGGAAUCACUGGGCUAUUUAACAGCCAGCUAUUUGGCCUGCUUUGUGCCCAGCCUUGUUCACAUACGAGGUUUUGAAACGGACAAACUCAGCGGUAUCUCUGGAUCUCUCUAUAAAGUACUGUGUUUCAUCUCUGCUUAGCCGAAUAGUUUUGAAACUGUGUAAGCAGCCACCGGACAUCUUUGUUUUACCUGGUGGCGAGGAAAGGACAACUGAGGAUUUGCUCAGCUGUAUUGCUUGGGUUUCAAAAUCAUAAAAUAAAAGGGAAGCUGUGUAAAAACUAACAACGCCGAUGGUGCUGGGGAUGAUAUUUGAGUCACGAGGAAUGUGCGAAGUGCUGCACAAAGAGUAUUGAUCUUGCAUUUUGAACUAGAGCAAAUGUAUCUACUAGGCUUUUUAUGUGAUGUUCAGAAAUAUUGUAUAUUUUCAAUAAUAAACACGAUUCUGGGUUGAUUUCUAUUGAUCAAGAUGUCGCUUUAGGUUGGGGAGGAAGAGGAAAUGGGGCCUGGGUGUUAGUGAGAGGGUUUGAUGCCUAAACACGGGAAAUGGAAAACAACAAAGCAUCCUGGACAAUGAGAACCCACUUGAAAUGAACAUACCGCAAAAGGGCCCUUCAACGGAACACAAAACUCCUCCAUUCUCAGGGUCUUCUCCUCGCAUCACAUCCCUGAAGAGCAGAGCAUAGAUGACAUCCCAUUGCUGUGCACAGUUCCUUUCAUCACACUCGGUUUCAGUAGCGAAGAAGAAAGGAGGUUAUAAAAUAUCCUCUCUCGCCCAAGAAAAAAGAAUCUCCCCCAGCAUCUGGGAGACUUGUUCUGUUCAGGUGAGCGGCAACACAGCUGCCAGGGGUUUCGUGGAGGGAAGCUGCAUUUUUUUCUUCUCGGGUCUGUGGUGCUCCAAAGACUUCCCUGCCACGUUUGGUCUCUAAGCCCACAGACCUCUCUGCUCUUUUCAAACUGGCAUCUCCUCUGUAGCGAGCCAGACUC